AUGGCGGCACAAACCCAACCAAUCCCACUCACUUCGUCUCGGGAGCUCGGAGCCGAGCACGGCGGCUCGGAAUUAACUGUAGUUCCGUCCCCAGCCUUACCGCCCAUAUCUCGCAGGAAACAAGCUACGGUUCUCGUCUCUGCGUUUACUACUAUUGCACUGACGAUUGGGUAUAAUCAGUGUUUUGGUGUGUUUCAGGAGUACUACCUCUCCCCGAGCCAAGAUGUUCUCUCCCCAGCCCCGUCUUCGGCGCCCACACCGCCGACAGCGCUGCUCGCGUUCGUGGGUACGUUGUGUUAUGGACUUACCUGGGCCGGCGGGAUCCUUGUGAAUCCCGUGAUUUCACGUAUCGAAACGCAGACGUGGACGCUUAAUAACCCGUCGACGAGGGUAUGGCGUAAACGUAUUCUAAGGUUACUAACUCCGCGGACGAUUACGAUUUCGGGUGUUUUGGUUAUGUCGGCGGGGUUCGCGCUCGCGUCGUUUAGUACUAAGAUUUGGCAAUUAUUGCUCACGCAGGGGUUUCUGGUGGGAUGGGGAAUGUCGUUGCUGUAUUUCCCGUUGUUGGCGCCUGCCCCGGAGUAUUUUACUAGUCAUCGGGCUACGGCUAUGGGGUUUAUUCUAGCUGGUGGUGGCGCAGGUGGUCUUGUGUUUUCGCCUGUGAUACGUGCGCUGCUUAGUUCUGUUGGCGGUCGCUGGACAUUGAGGAUUUAUGCUGUCUUUAACUUGAUCGCUGGGUUGCCGAUUGCUUGGGCGGUCCCGCGGAGUCGGUUUUCGAAUGUGUCGAACACCGAAACUCCGGAGAGGCGUAAUACCCACGUCUCACGCGCGCUGGCUAUGAAACCGAUAUUUCUCUUUUCGGUCGUUGCCGCAUUUCUCCAGUCCGCCGGCGCCCAACUCCCCCUCUCCUUCAUCCCCUCCUACACCGUCAUCCUCGGGCAAACCUCCUCCAAAGGCGCAAACCUACUCGCAGUCAGCAACGCCAUCAACUCCGUAUCACGCGUUCUCACAGGCUACGCCGGCGAUCGUCUAGGCCGACAGAACACGCUCGUCCUCACGCUUCUCGUGGCCGCGUGUUCGGUAUUCGCGUUUUGGCUUACUAGCGUCAUGGCUGCGACUACUUCGUCCUCGUUUUCGUUAUGGUUGGCUUUUAUCACGUUGUAUAGUGUGUCCGCUGGUGGGUAUUACGCCCUGUUCCCUGCGCUGAUUGCGGAGGUUUUCGGGAUUAGACAGUAUGCUGCGGUUAAUGCGUUUAUACUAUUCGUCAGGGGGCUAGGGACUAUGUUUGGGAGUCCGGUUGGUGGACAGUUGCUUGGUGGGCCUGAGGAGGGGACCGGUGCGUACGCGAGUAUUGCGUAUUGGGACGGUGCGUUGUUGAUGGGUGCUACGGUGUGCUGUUUUGGUGUGAGAUGGGCGGAUGGCAAGGGGAAGGGGUGGAAGUGGAUUGCGUAG